UCUGCUUGGCUUCCUGCUCAGAGCCUCAACUCAUGGUCUUCAGUCUUCGGUCUUCACUUCGAGGUCUCAUCGGGCUCCACGCUCUAGCCUCGCCUCACCUCCGUACGGUCUGGUUUCCUGGUUUGUCUCUCCUCUACAGGUUUGUGCUCUGCUCAAGCAGCCAUGGACUUAGUGGUCCCAGAGGACAGCCUGGAAGUUUCCACAGUGGACGGAGCAAAGGCCUUGUUAUCCCCACUCCAGGCCUCUCCAGUAAUUGCCACUGCGCACUUAGCUGCCAGGCAGGGCGGGUCUACCCAGAGCAAGAGGAGGACACAAGGCAGCUCAGGAUUCAGGCUUCCUCACUUGGAGGGGAAGGGGUCUGAUCAGGAGAAGACCGUCGUUCCUCUCUCGCAACUGACCCCGUACAUCUCCUGUUCUGUUUGCAAAGGCUAUUUAAUAGAUGCGGCAACCAUUACAGAGUGUCUUCAUACCUUCUGUAAAAGCUGCAUCGUAAAACAUUUUGAACAAAGCAACAGAUGUCCAAAGUGCGACAUUGUGGUGCACGAGGCCAAACCUCAUAAAAACUUGAGGAUGGAUCCACAAUUACAAAACAUAGUAUACAAAUUAGUGCCGGGUCUAGAGGAAAAAGAAAAAAAACAAAGGAGUGAAUUCUAUAAAGAAAAUUGUCUGGGACCACCAAAACCUGCUGCUGUUCCACAGCCACGCCCUUCAAGUGAAAAGAACACUAAGGAAGUUCUGGAAUAG